AUGGACCUUUUGGAUCUUACUGCCUCUGAGCUUUCACAAAAAUGUCUGGAAGUGUUUGGUCGAUGUCUCGCUUCUCGACCUCAGACCCAGGAUGACGGGAAGGACCAACCGGUUCUACCCACACCAGAGCAGGCCGAAGCGCCGUUAAUCGAUGAACGCCUCGAGUACAAGCUAGCAGAUUUCAAUCUCUGGAUCGAUGGCAUCGGUGCACUAGCCUCUGCCAGAGCCUCGCUCGAUUGGAGACUCAAUGAGCGGCCCAUCGACCUAACGCUGGUCAAAGGAAACCUGGUAAUGCUGUACCAAUCCUUGGAGGACUACGAAAACUUGCAAGAAAAACACCAGUCUCUUGAUGAAGCCCUGCUCAACAUCGAAUCGGCUCUCGGAAGUCUCGCGUCCCUUGCACUGGCUGUCCGGCGGACCGGAAAGCGGUCACGGCUUCACAAAGCUGAUCGCCUCUUCAAUGAGGAAGAGCACUCCGAGUUGAAGCAACACCUCGAGUGCAUUGCGGUUCUACGACCUGGAGAGAGAGGAUACAGCAGCCACAGAUUAAAGCAAAAGCUUGAAGCAUUGACGCCCGUUCAGCGACGCCUGGUGGUGGCCAACUUGCGACGAAGGAAUCGUUUUCUGCAAGCACGACGGCACUCAACUGGUCUCAAAAGACGCAAACCCGACUUGCCGUCGAUUUCGGAAGAUGCUGUCAACCAAGCACAUCAACCAAUUGCCUCUCCAGACUUGGAGAUUCCCAUCCUCAUCCAUCCUGUUGUCGAACAACCGCCCAAGCUCCCCAAGAACAGCGAUGCUCCCACAGUAUCAGGGACAUCGGCCUCAGUCCCCGAAAGUAAACUCAGAUACACCGAUCCAGCACUCAAGAAACCAGAUGCCUCAACACCCAGAACCGAAGUUACACGCAUCACAGCGACAGCUCACUACCCCCGACCCCAGCUACCCGAUGAUAACCAGCACAUGUUCCAAUGCCCGUGCUGCUAUCAAACUUUGCCAGUUCAAGACGUGAAAACGAAUGCCAGAUGGAGGUAG